GCCGUUUUAUAUAUAUAUAUAUAUAUAUAUAUAUUUUUUUCCCCCAACUCGAGUUUUCUAUUUCUACUAUUUGGCUAAUGUUGGAUAGACCAGCAUGGAUUUCGAAGAAUUGUUUAGUGAACGAACAUUUCAGUUUUCUGACUUUCAGGAGUUUACGUUUCUUCCUGAACAUCAGAAACUGUCAGAGAGAGUGCGGAAGCGAUUGUACUAUGGCCUGGACCAAGACGGGUCUCCAGAUUCCCUUUCCUGUCCUGUUACAGAUAUUGCUGUGGAACUCCUUCAGAAAUCUGCCCCGAGCCCAAUUCGAAAACUGCACAAGAAAUAUGCUGCUCAUGUCGCGAGGGAGGCGUGCAUCUCUCCGUGUGCCAUGAUGUUGGCCCUGGUCUACAUCGAAAGGCUACGACACAGGAACCCCGAAUACCUGCAAAAGAUCUCCUCCUCGGACCUCUUCCUGAUCUCCAUGAUGGUUGCCAGCAAGUAUUUGUACGACGAAGGGGAGGACGAGGAGGUGUUCAACGACGAGUGGGGGGCAGCUGGGAAACUGGACGUCCAGACUGUCAACACCCUGGAGAUGAAUUUCCUCGACGCCAUUGAGUGGAGCCUCUUCACUGAGCCCGGGGACUACUUUGGCAUACUGAAUCAACUCGAAACUAGUAUUGCAGAGAAGCAGGGGAUGAAGCGAGGCUGGUUCACCUACACCGACCUCUGUGUGCUGCUGGAGCAGGCGGCCUGGCGACAGGCUCUGACGGCCAUCUACCUGCACUUUGCCAAGGUGACCUGCAUGCUGGGGCUGGUGUAUCUGACCAGUGUCGCGGGCCUUAUCGCCACCAGCCUCCCCAGGAGCAGCCAGCCCCUGGCCCCAGUCCGCCAAGUCCACCUGCUGAGCUCCAGCCUCUCUCCACCACCACUAGGCCUGCUCCCAGUCCCAGAGACCACCAGUCCAACAUCCAACCUCCCUCGCUGCUGCGUCUUGGGCAACGACAGUCACAACCGCCGGCCUGGCACUCUGCACACCCACGACGACCACAACCACGGCUCGCCAACCUCCUCCCAGACCUCUAUACUGUGUCUAUGGGGCUCUAUCCUCACUUCACUAAGCCACACUGACCCCCACCCCCAGCCUGACACUGAACCAGCCUUGUCCGCCUCCUCUCUGCACUGCCCCGGCUGCCAGGUUACAGUGGGGAGCCACCCUCCUGGCUCCAUCCAGUGCGGCCCACAGAACACCUCUGCUCCGCUACUAGAGCCUGGCCACCCGGCAGCACCGUGGCUGGCCCCUGCCCCCCUCCUCUACGGAGCCGCCCCGAUGCUCCUGGACUCCCGUCUGACUGGCAUGGCACAGCUCCGUUUCGGACCCUGCUGCCCACAGUUCAUGCUGCCCAUCGAGAAAGCCCCAUCUCUCCUCAUGCCCAGCUAGACGCAAACAGACAAAACAAGCCACUAUCGUUACCCUUCAAUGACGAUGACGCCGGACUCCAAAUGAAACCAGCUGGUUCUUCAGAAUGCAUCCGUUGCAGUGAAAGGAAAGUUAAAUUUUGUUUUGUAUGUGUUUUUUUUUUUUUUUUUUUUUUUGAAUAUACUGUUUAAAUUUGAGAUGAGGGCCCCUAAAGGUGAGUAGCACAUUUUGUACAGUGGUUUGCCAGCUGAAUUGGUGUACAUAAGUAAGAUGAACUCAUAACAGCGUGAGAUCUGAGUUCUGUGCUCAGGCACUUAUCUUUUCAAAUGUUUAUUUUUCAAAGGUUGGAUCACGCAGCUUUUCAAUGGGUGUUUCUAGAAGGUGUGUACAUGGCAAACUAAUAUUUCAUGUUUGGUGUAAAAAUACACAUAUGUCUAAGCAUGGCUACCAUACUCACACAGUGUUUGUUCCUACCUAAUCUUUAGCCUGGGUACCAGAUGUGUUUGUGGAAUGAUGGAACAAACAGACUGGUACCCAGGCUACCUACACUUUAUCUAUGUUUGAAAAUGGGAGGGGGAUUGUGGUGGUUGGGCUAAAUCAUGUUGUUAGAUGGAAGAGUUCAGUUUUGAUGUGAUAUCAUAGCCAUUUGAGAAUGUUGAGAAAGUAAGUUGUCUCCACAAAAGCAAGGCUGCUUUCUAAGUCAGUACUGUAGUGCUUUAAGAAGGGAGUCACUUUAGCCUGGUGCCAGAUCUUUUUGUGCUCUUGCCAACUCUUGCUCUACUUGUCAAGCCAAACAUUGCAUGACAAUGAGCGAGUGACAAGGAGUUGGAUUGAUGGCACAUACAGACUUGCACUCCAGCUAGAGACAACUAGCUUGCCUACAUUUGAUUUGCCAUGGAGUCUUUGGGUCCUUGUUUUUCUCAGUUAUUGCAGUUAUUUUUAAAAUGUUAACAUAUUUAUGCUUUUUUGGGGGUUUGUUAAUAAUAACUAGACCAGCAAAGCCACAGAUGGCUACUGGUCCCUGCACUGAACAACAGUAGAGAUUCAAUUAUUUGUAUUAUUCCUGUGGGGGAAAAAAACAUUAAAUUAAUCUCAGUAUGGUUGCCCCUCAAGUCUUGUUCAUUAGGUCACAUCGUAGCGAAAUGCUUUAGACCGCUUUGCAACAGUAAAUGAACAUUUUGUUUCUGAACAUGACCCUGAACUCUGAUAACACUGGGUGAGAUGCAUCUCUGAGAGUGUAGUCUUUUUUUUUUUUUUUUCUUUUUUUUUUUUUUCAAGUAACUAUUUAUUUUACCAUGACAGAAUUCAGUGGCUCUCUCUGAUUUCAUGUGUUUCCAACAGAAUGCAGUGGAUCUCUCUGAUUUCAUGGUUUUCCAACAGAAUGCAGUGGCUCGCUCUGAUUUCAUGGUUUUCCAACAGAAUGCAGUGGCUCGCUCUGAUUUCAUGUGUUUCCAACAGAAUGCAGUGGCUCGCUCUGAUUUCAUGUGUUUCCAACAGAAUGCAGUGGCUCGCUCUGAUUUCAUGUGUUUCCAACAGAAUGCAGUGGCUCGCUCUGAUUUCAUGGUUUUCCAACAGAAUGCAGUGGCUCGCUCUGAUUUCAUGGUUUUCCAACAGAAUGCAGUGGCUCGCUCUGAUUUCAUGGUUUUCCAACAGAAUGCAGUGGCUCGCUCUGAUUUCAUGGUUUUCCAACAGAAUGCAGUGGCUCGCUCUGAUUUCAUGUGUUUUCCAACAGAAUGCAGUGGCUCGCUCUGAUUUCAUGGUUUUCCAACAGAAUGCAGUGGCUCUCUCUGAUUUCAUGGUUUUCCAACAGAAUGCAGUGGCUCUCUCUGAUUUCAUGGUUUUCCAACAGAAUGCAGUGGCUCUCUCUGAUUUCAUGGUUUUCCAACAGAAUGCAGUGGCUCUCUCUGAUUUCAUGGUUUUCCAACAGAAUGCAGUGGCUCUCUCUGAUUUCAUGGUUUUCCAACAGAAUGCAGUGGCUCUCUCUGAUUUCAUGGUUUUCCAACAGAAUGCAGUGGCUCUCUCUGAUUUCAUGUGUUUCCAACAGAAUGCAGUGGCUCGCUCUGAUUUCAUGGUUUUCCAACAGAAUGCAGUGGCUCGCUCUGAUUUCAUGGUUUUCCAACAGAAUGCAGUGGCUCGCUCUGAUUUCAUGGUUUUCCAACAGAAUGCAGUGGCUCGCUCUGAUUUCAUGAUUUUCCAACAGAAUGCAGUGGCUCGCUCUGAUUUCAUGUGUUUCCAACAGAAUGCAGUGGCUCGCUCUGAUUUCAUGUGUUUCCAACAGAAUGCAGUGGCUCGCUCUGAUUUCAUGGUUUUCCAACAGAAUGCAGUGGCUCGCUCUGAUUUCAUGGUUUUCCAACAGAAUGCAGUGGCUCGCUCUGAUUUCAUGUGUUUCCAACAGAAUGCAGUGGCUCGCUCUGAUUUCAUGGUUUUCCAACAGAAUGCAGUGGCUCGCUCUGAUUUCAUGUGUUUCCAACAGAAUGCAGUGGCUCGCUCUGAUUUCAUUGUUUUCCAACAGAAUGCAGUGGCUCGCUCUGAUUUCAUGUGUUUCCAACAGAAUGCAGUGGCUCGCUCUGAUUUCAUGUGUUUCCAACAGAAUGCAGUGGCUCGCUCUGAUUUCAUGCGUUUCCAACAGAAUGCAGUGGCUCGCUCUGAUUUCAUGUGUUUCCAACAGAAUGCCACACAACUGAAAUAGGUCAUAACCAGUCUACUGUUUCCUGUUGUUUUUGUUUUUUAAAUAAGAGUUUUGAAUACGAUGGCGCCUGACAUCAAACAUGAUUGUUUUGGAAAUGUAUCUAAUGAUUGCAAUUUUCAUCCAAUAACAUUUUCAAGGAAACCUAACAUCCUCAUAUAGGUGAGUUGUAUUGUGCAAAACACAACUUUUCAUUAACUUUAAAAAAUAUAUAUUUUUAUUUUUAAGAUCUGUUUUUCAAUUUUUGCAAUUAAUUAGUAUCCCUCUUUAACAUACCCAUUGGGUCGGGGAGACCUGACCAACAGUAAGUCACUCAUACACCAUUUUGUCUUCUCUUCCUGCUCAAAAAUGGAAAAUGUCUUUCUGCAUAGAAAUAGAAUUCCUCGAAUGGGGAUAUCCAUUCUUGAAUGGGGAUGUAAAUUCUAAGUCGUACUGUUUCUAUGUAUCUCAUCCUGGAAAAACAGUUAGCACUUCUCAUAUUUUUCUACUCAAGAUAGUUUCUUGCUAGGGAAUUUAUAUGAUUAUUUGAACAUUUGACUUGGUUUUACAUUGACAUUUUUCUAAAUAAAACCUUUUUCAAAUCGGACUGAGAUUUUGAAGCAUGAAAUCCUUGAAUUUUGUAAACAAUGUACAAAACAUUCAAUGUGUAGAAAUCUGUAAUAAAAUGUUUGUCCCUUAAAA